AUCUACAUCUCAUACAGAAAACUGCUGUUUUGCCUAUUCUGGCUAUUUUUGGCCAAUAAUGUUGGCCAAAAAUGGUCAAAUGCCAACAUUGAUUAAAGCAUUUCGAUUGUCUGAAGUCAUCCGACUUGUUCAUCCCUCUUUCACCUGUGGAGAAAUUCCACG